UGUUGUCGACUAGGGUGGCUUUAUUCACUACAGUCCGCGCACAGCGGCGAGCGAGGGGCGCACCGAGUGAUUGACAGUCGCCGCGAGAGGUUGUUCAUUGCGUCCUGCAGUCAUCACCUCUCGCAACUUGCGGAACGCGAGAGAGAACACACAUCGCCUCAUAACCCUCGCUUCAGCCCCGCCAGUUGCCAGUGCUAUCCUAACCCCACGCGCACGUCGGUCGAAAAGUGAGAGAGAUUAUUGUUCUCCGACGAGCUUCGGAGCUCGACCUCCUUGUUUCAGACGCGACUUUGGAGAAUCUUUGGAUCUGUACGAUAUUUACAGUGGCUACCUUGGAUUACGAGUUGAAAGUUCCAGUCGGAUUGUAUACUUGAAUCGAUUUGUGAUUUCAUUCGUCAUAAGUUGUACUACAGUGUUUCACAGUCUCACAUCACCUUCAGAAUCUUAAUCGAAUUGGAAACUUGGUAUUUUCUCCAUGGAAUCCUAGUAUUCUCGCUGUCGGAUAUACCCACAACAACACUCAGUGAACAUCGCUUCUGUUGAGCUUUUCUUGGAGUUUACCGAGCAGCAAAUGACCUCCACAUCGUCAGGCCUAACCAUGCUGACCACAGGAGUCAGCCAAUACCUCCACCCGGACUAUCUCCAGCCUCUGCCCACCACGCUGGAUGCGAAAAAGAGUCCGCUGGCUUUGUUGGCCCAGACUUGCAGUGCCAUUGGCAAAGACACAUCCCCCUCCAAACCGAUCAUUCCUCCCCUGGAGAAGAAAGAGAACAACAACGACAAGCCUUUGGAUAAGUCACUAGGAGAGCCAGAGAACACGAAACGCCCCAGUUCCCAUGGCAACAGCAAAGACUCUGGUCGAGACUCAAAGCCGGGCUUCAGGACUUUCCCUCCCAAGGAAAUCCCGCCCCUCGUGCCAAUCUCUGGCUCCGCGGGCAGCGAUAAGCCCAUGAGUCUGUCAGGGGCGGAGCCUAAGUCUUCGUCUCCCUCUGGACCUGUUGGAGCCAGCGUCCCUCCGUCCUCCUGUCCGCCAUCUUCCUCAAGACCCGUGUCAGCCGGGGGUCAUGUGAUUCCCAACCAGAGAUCAAGCUCGAGAAGUAGCACGGGCAAAGGCGAGGGCUCCUCCUCUUCCUCCUCCUCCGAGUCUCACCCCCACCACCAGCACAGCAGUAACCACGCCCACCACAGACAUCGUGAUUCGCCAGCCUCCUCCUCCGGCUCCUCCUCCUCCCACCCGAGCGCCCCGUCCCCAUCCUACUCCAAACCGUCGAGCUCGGGCAGCACACCUGUGAUGCAUAACUCUUUAUCCUCAUCAUCCUCCUCCUCCUCCUCAUCCCUCACCCACAGCAGCAGCACAGUCAAACCUUCAGCCACCCACCCGUCUGUACUAGGAGGUCUUCCCACCCCUGCCCACCUCGGUGGCUACCCGAAUCCCCUCGCCCUCAUGGGCCACGGACUUGACCCAAGCUCAUCCAGCUAUCACAGCGCGCUCGCUGCCGCCCAUUCCAGUUUAUCCAGCUUCUCCGUUUGCGCAGCAGCUCAAUCGUCCGCCUUGAAAGCCGCAGCUGCUGCCGGAUCUCCCUCCGCGCUGUCCCCCUUCGUCACAUACGCCCGCGUCCGCACGCCGUCCGGAGCGACGACGCUGGUGCCCGUGUGUAGAGACCCUUACUGCAACAACUGCCAACUCACUGUACAAAACUCCCACCUCUCCUCCAACUGCAACGCUCCCGGUUGCGCCCAGUGCGCGCACGAGAAGUCCCUCACCAGCUUAUCCACCCUAGGACUAGCCGGAGCUCCCAGCGCGGCGGCGGCGGCGGCGGCAGCCUCCUCCAUGCUCCUCCCUCCCUUCUCCUCCUCCACCUCCCUCUCCUCCAGCAUGUCCGCCCUCUCCUCCCUCCACUCCCUCUACCCUCACAGCGCGCUGGUCGCGGCCCACCAAGGACUUCCAUACGUAUGCAAUUGGAUCGCCGGCAACGACUACUGUGGCAAACGGUUCUCCUCCUCAGAAGAGCUGCUCCAACAUUUGAGGACACACACCUCCUCUAUGGACGUUUCCAAUCUGGCCGCGUCCUACGCUGGUCUCGGACUCCCAUCAGCCCUUGCGGCAUACCCCCACCUGGCGGCCCCCGCCCCCCUCAGCCCCAACUCCCUGAGGAGAAGUUACCCCACCAGCCUCAGUCCUGUCAGCUCUCUCCUAGGCGCGAGCCGCUACCACCCGUACAAGUCCCCUCUGUCCGGUGUUGGAGCCACGCCCCCCGCCCCUCAGAGCUUCCCCCCUGUAGGUCCCUACUAUUCUCCCUACGCCAUCUACGGACAGAGAAUAGGGGCGGCUGUUGUGCCAUGACGUCACUGACUGAGAGAAGACUUUAUUGACAGUUGUGUGUUGCUUCUACGAUUGUGAUCAUAAUAUUAUAAUUUACUUUCGGAGUUCUGAAAAUUGUUUUGAAAACUUGGGGUUGUCUGCAGUCGAAGUAUUUAUGUUUAUCAUAAUUUUGAUGUCGUAUUUUUUUCCUUUGUCUCAAAGGACCUUAUAAGGUACAUAUUUCGCAAGUCAACUUCAAAUUUUUACAUUUCCUACCACUUUCCGAUAUUUGAGAAAUGUUGAUAAAAUAACGUUUACGACAAAGUUGACCAAGUGGUCAAUCAUAAAAGAAAAAAUGGUUAAAGAAAUAGAACACUUUUUGUCUUAAUUUUAAGGUCACAAAUGGAAAAGGUGGAUGAUGUAAUUAUUACUAAUUAAUAUCUUAUGAUGUCGAGUCCCAACUUUUCUAGUAUUCCAAAGAUGGAACUCAAUCCAUGCAAUGGGCUAACCAUUGCAUUUUAUGGUUCCUCUUUCUUAUGCA